GCAGCAGCGAGGUGGCGGGCUGCGUGCGCAAACAGGGCGGCCGCCUCCUGGGCCCGGAGAACGGCAAGUGAGACACUGGAUCUGAGGGAGCACGAUGGCAGCUCAGGCUCCCGGGGGAGUGCAGCUCAUCCUAGGCCAGUCGCUCAGCUGGAGCUGGCAUCUCCUUGGGAGCAAGUAGAUAUGGCUCCCUGACGGUGACAAGCUGGCUGCCGUCAUCUGUGCCCAGUCGACAGAGGCCUAGAUUCUCCGUACAGACCCUGCCGCCCGCCUUCCUAGAGUGUUUCUGGAGGCCAAGAACGCCCAUUCGGUCCUGAAGCGGUUCCCCCGUGCUAACGAGUUCCUGGAGGAGCUGCGCCAGGGCACCAUCGAGCGGGAGUGCAUGGAGGAGAUCUGCAGCUACGAGGAGGUCAAGGAGGUGUUUGAGGACAAGGAGAAAACGAUGGAGUUCUGGAAGGGGUACCCGAACGCCGUCUACUCCGUCCGAGACCCUGCGCAGAGCUCAGACGCCAUGUACGUGGUGGUGCCCCUUCUGGGCGUGGCCUUGCUGAUUGUCAUCGCCUUGUUCAUCAUUUGGAGGUGCCAGCUGCAGAAAGCCACCCGUCAUCACCCGUCGUACGCUCAGAACCGGUACCUAGCGAGUCGCGCGGGGCACAGCCUCCCCCGGGUCAUGGUCUACCGGGGCACUGUGCACAGCCAGGGCGAGUCCUCCGGGCACCGGGAGGCAGGGAGCCACCCGCAGGUGGUGCUGGGGCCCAGUCGCGGAGGUAGGACCACGGUCCGCCUCGAGAGCACCCUCUACCUCCCCGAGCUCUCCCUCUCCAGACUGUCCAGCGCCACCCCGCCCCCGUCCUACGAGGAGGUGACUGCUCCCCAGGAGAGCAGCAGCGAGGAGGCGAGCGUCUCUUACAGCGACCCGCCCCCCAAGUACGAAGAGAUAGUGGCCGCCAACCCCGGCUCCGACAAGUAGUGGGACUCGGGUCCCAUCCAGCGGGAAAGCCUCGUUCAGGGGUCUCCUCUUUUCUUUUUAACUUUUUAAAGACUGUGCCACCACAAAACAGCCUUAGCCUCCUCGUUGCCAAAUAAUUUCCCACCCGUGGAUUUGCGGGAAGUCGAUUGUCAGAGACAGGUGGCGGGGGGUAGGGAUCACGCAUGCGCCGCGACCGCGGGCUGGGGGUGGGGGGAGCGAGGAGCCGAGAGCCAGAGAGCCCAUAGCUCUUCCAGAAGCCCCCAGGCCCCUGCCCUCCUGUCCUCCUGUCAGGGCCUGGCUUCUCUUAUGCCAAAGGAAUCCCCCUGUUGAGUUGAUCGUGGCUGGCGACCCGUUUGUCUGAAGCCUCGCCGCAGAGACGAGGGAGAGAAGCCAGCCCUUCAGCACCCUUUUCCCUGACUAGCCCUGCUGGGCUCUAGGGCCUGGCUCACUUGUGACAAGGACAAGGACCGAACAGAACCGGAAAGAGUAACAACCUGAUUGAACACAAUACAACACAACGCUGUCCCCUGGGCCGCGUUCAAGAGAAAUCAGUGGCACGGAUCCGUGGCACUCCCCUCCCCCAACGCCCACCCCACGCUCCUGACCAGGUUCCGAGGAAUGUCUAGAGCCACCCGGAAGGGGCACGGGGUGUGUGAAGGAUGAGGGGCAGCGCCUGGCUGGCAGAGCUGCCUCCUGCAGGUUGUGGACCUUGGCGUCCCCCAGCCCUUGGCUCCCGGGGCACCGGUACCCCCCGAGCCAGAGCCGCCACCCACUGGCUCAAGCCCAGGCUUAGGCCGAGGAGGACAGACUGUGGCACCCAGGGUCUUUGAAUGGUUGAGGGCAGGCUGGGGGAGAGAGCUGAAGCGUCCUCCUCCUGAGGGUGGCCCGUAGGAUGAGUAAAGCCAUGCACUUGGCCUUCUCCGUGCUGGGCUCUCUGGCUCCUGGACCUUGGAGGCUAUUCGCCUUUUUGUGAAUAGGUGUGUUGAGAUGAACCUGGUGCCCGCCUGGGGAGAAGAUCGUCAAGGGUCCCUUUGGAGGAGUUUCUUGGUGGGGGGGAUGCGGCAGCCCAUGACCUGGGGUUGAGGGCCCAUCUGGGAUUUGCUCCGUCAUUGCCAGGUGCUGGUCCCUUUUUAGUUCCCCCCCUUCUGUGGCCCCGGGAGCUGUCCGCCUCUCCAUUUCAGGGAGGCUUCGGACAGCAGUGGGGCGGAGGUGAGCACACAAAAGACACUGUCGACACUGCCUCCCCACCCCGCCGUCUUCAUCCUCCUGGCCUCAGCACCAAACCAUGUUUCCUCUGUGGUGCUUUACAAAAUGUAGCAAAUUUUUGUGGGGCCCAAAAAGAGUGCACAGCCAGGGUCUAUUGGCAACCACAGCGGUUUAAAACCCACGGAGAAGACAAGCUUCUCUCUGUCUAAACAGCUUUCCAAGGCAAGCCUCGGGCCUCGUUCUUUGAACGCAGCCCUGCCUAGAGGCCCCCGAUGACUUCUGGAGGCCCUUCCCGCCCUGGGCCCUCGGCCAGGAACGCACUUCUAGAAAUCUGUGGGUUACACGGGAGUCGGUCUCCUGCCAGUUGAACCUUUCCGCCCCUCCCCCUCGCCCUCCUCCGGAGCUCCCUGAUGCCAGAGGUGCUGACCAGGUGGCAUUCCACCUCUCCCCCUUCCUCUUCCUGCCCGCGGGCCUCUAGCAUGUCCUCGGCCCGUGCCUGUCUGGGACCUGGGAGGAUGCCCAGGAACGCCUGCUCCCUUUGGCCCCUUUGCAGCUAGCCGGAGGUGAGAGCUCUCCGGGUCAGGUGCUUCGCAGCGUUCUUCCACGUGGGGUUGCCACCGUGGCCUCUGGGACGUCUUUUGCAGCAUCUCGUAGAAAACAGACUGUACAGUUCACAAUGGUCAGAACUCCUCGUGGUGCACAUUUGGCUUUUAUGAAUGCCCUGUACAUAUCUUUUGCAACUCUGUCUUUGUACGGACGUUGAUUUGAUACAAUGCUACACCUGCAGUGGCCACAUUUUUGUUGGUUUUGGACUGUGUGUGUGUGUGUGUGUGUGUGUGUGUGUGUGUGUUUGUGUGUCCGUAUACACGUGUGCACGUUGCCUUUUCUCACACGCUUAUCUGAAACAAUAGCCGGUGUGUGGCUAUAUUUGUACCAGGAGGGUUCCGGUCUGAAGGGCCCUGAGUGAAGAAAGCCGAGCUUAGCUGUUGGAGCCCGCCAAAGUUGCUUCCUUCCACCCCCUUCCCGAAAGAUUUGGGAAGAAGACGGAGCCACUCCAUGCUGUGGGACCCCCACUGUCAAGCCCUGUUGGCGUCGUGCCCCCAGCCUCCACGCCUGCUCUCUGAGCAUCAGCAGCUGAAGGCAAUCUGAGCACUCCUCAGCCUUUUUAUUUUAUUUUUUUUUACUUUUAUUUUUUGGUGGAAAGGUGGGUGACUGUUGACUGUGGGAAUGGCAGGACUAGUUAUUUAGGUAUUUUUCAUUUAAACAAAAAAGAGAAAAGGCUUUAAAAAAAAUUCCUCGGAAUGUGACGGUCACGUGUUCUCAACCAAACUCUUUUGAAGACGCUUUCAAACAAGCAUCACGAUCUCGUCAUCCCUCCCCUGCUCCUCCCCAUUGCCUGGGGUUUUCCAAAUGGAAGCACAAGAGAAAGAGCGGGGCGCGCAGGUGCCCCCCAGUAUGUGCAGCCCCCGCACAGCUGCGUGGGGGACGUGCAGAUGGCCAGACGGACGUGCAGCGCUGCGCAAUCUGACCUGGAGACCAGGGGCCGCCUCUUCUGCGCUCGAAUCCCACUGCCAUUAGUGUGAAUUCCUUAGGGUGCUUCAGAAAAUAGGGAUCCGCCCGAUUGGUUGGACCUGGUGUUUUUGGUAGCCGGAAGAGGACGGAUCCAGGACAGGAAAGCAUCCUUUUCUUAAGGAGUUGGAGCCAGAUGGCCCUUCUCUGGCUGGGGGUGGGUCUGCUCACAACCGAAGAACUCAAAACAACACUGCCUCUAGAUCGUUCCUUUGUCCACGAGAGAGACAGGGAGCGAGCUGAUGGAUAGAAAUUCUCUUCGUCACUGACGCUCUGUCUUUCUAGGAGUGUGUGUACGUGUGCUCUGUGUCAUGUGUGUGCCCUCAUGUUCAAGGCCGAGACGGGGAGCUGGGCAGCCAAGCUGCCGUCUGCGCUGCUUUUCGGCUUGACAGGUGACACAGCUCCGUGUCAGGACUGCAGCGAUUCAGAAACAAGCACAGGCUCCCCACUGAACUCUCCUGCUAAUCUGUAUAAUCAGCUAAUUUAACAGUACUGUAAUCAGACUGCCUGUGACUACAGUAAAAGCCCAUUAACUGGAAGCCCACUCAUUCAGACCUUAGAGAAAACCCACAACUCCAGGUCAUUCGUGGAAUCUGCAAUUCUCGCUCGGCAGAAGUCUUUGAAAUAUUCUUCCCGUUAGUCAGUGUUCAGGGUCCUAUGUGUAAGAGGGGACCGAGUUUAAAAGGAGUACCUUUUGCAAAUAAAAGGCUCAAGACAUUAAGAAUCCCCUCACCGUGCCUUCAGCUUUGGGGUUGAGCAGUUGUCGUUAGGCUGACCCGUAGUUAGUUUCUUCUCUGCUGUGGGGAUGUUGGCUCUGGCAGCUUUUCCAUUCUCCUCCCUUCUUUGCUCUAUGAAUACAAUAGUUUGUGAACUAAACUGCAAUUUACAGUAAUACAACUGUGUCUCUUGCUAACUAGUCUGCAAAGCAGAUGUUUUCGCUAUCAGACUGGCCGCUCCCAUCGUUCGCCCCCGACUAUUCCAACACAGUGAGCUUUUUUCCUUUCAGGGGCUGUGGGCGGUGAGGCGCGUGCUCUCUCUAGCAAGAAUUUCUCGGACAAAGACAUCCAAACAGCACAGCACCACCCCCCCCCGCCCCGGACUCAGUGCCUGCCCUUCGCCCGCCCCCCGCCCGAGCGUUAACACAGACCUUCAAGAUCGGGACAAAUCCCACAGCUGCUUUUGCCUCCUCAUCUGUCUACCCUUAUGGAUGCCGCUUUCGCAGGCCUGAACACACCUGCUCUUUCACUCUGUGAUCGUGAAUUUGUGACAGUGGAAACCCUGAUAUGUGCAACUGAGCUUAUAGACAUGAUUACUGUGAAAUGGAUUCAUUUGGGUACCACUUUACACCGUACUCGUAUUCAUGUGUUGCCCCGCGUCAGCUGGGAAAUCUGUACAUUCGGUAAUAUGUCAGGAUUCCACUGGAGCCUGGGGGCAACAAACUCUUCUGAUUUCCUUUCUCCUGCUCUCUUUUUGUCAUUGUUGACUUUAGCUGUUGGUCUCUUUCUGUACAAGAAGAUAAUGAAUAAUAAUAAAGAGCAA